GCUAAUCACGUUCCAGUUGACCGUGUUUCCUCAUAAACACUCGUCUUUUUUUUUUUACCUGAGCAAGGCUGGGUCUUGUCUCACGGAUGUUGAACUUCUCUGUGGAGUUUCUCUUCGACAUUACUUUUGCUGCGUUGUCUGUCAAAAACCACACAAAGAGCCUCCGUGUUUCCUCGAAGCUAUCAUGCUGAACACCGAGGAAAGUUCCUGGUUAGCGGGGUCUCGGCUGACCAGCUCGAACCCUCUGGCUCCAGGGCCUCUGUGGUGCUCCGAUGCCCCUCACCCACAGCUGAAGAUCCCGUGUGGGCGAGGGACUGUCAGGGAUCACUCUUUCGGCGUGCUACUACAUAAGGAUGCAAAGUUAACUGUAACACAGAGCUCUGCAGCGAGUGGGAACCCCUCUCGUCUACUCUUUCACUACCAGCUGAGUGAGCGGCGCUCGGCCUCCUGGAACACGGUUCUAUCAGACGACAGCCUUUUCCUGGAGAUCCCUGCUGGGGCGCUGGUCGAGGGGAGCAAGGAGGGGCUAACGGCUCUGCUCGAGUUUGCAGAAGAGAAGCUCAAGGUUAACUACGUCUUCCUGUGGUUUCAUAAAAACAGAGAGGAUCGAUUGUCCAUCAUCAGGACGUUCCAUUACUUGGGCUUUGAGAUGGUGAAGCCAGGCAACCCAAUGGUACCAGCCCGGCCUGAUCUGGCCUUCAUGGCUUACUCUCUUGAAAACAGCAGCUCAGACGAGGAGUGACUCCCACAUCAAGUCCUGACCCCACACAAACACACACACACACACACACCGCUCAUCACUAACUGGGAGGUGACGCCCCUUUCUUUCACAGACUUGUGAUUCGAGGUGCGUCGUCAUGAUUUCCAUGUGACAAUGACGCCGUUACCUCCCCUUUUUCCC